CUUCUCUCAGCCAAUCAUGUGUGACGCUUUUUGCACUUCGCGGAAGUUGCGGCCAGUAGCGGAGGAUUCAUGAUGCCCUUGCCUGCUUGAUGUUGAGAAAACGUGGAUUAAACUCUCCAUCCGUGUUUGACGGCGUUGCUUUUUCUAAUUACGCAAUUUGACUGUCAAAAGCAAAAAUGCCUCUUCUAAAGUACUCCCCCAAAGUGUGGGAGGCCCUUAAAAUGAAACAGGGCAUCUAUGCUCGUCUCCCGAAGCACUACCUCAAGUCCCUUGAACAGAAGGCACCCACACCUGUCCACUGGAGGCCUCUGGGAGUCCAGUACCGAGCCAACCCCAAGACGGGGCUGAAGGAACGGGUGCAGGAUGUCCCAGUCCCAAUCUACUACCCUCCAGAGUCCCAGGACGGCCUGUGGGGAGGAGAGGGCUGGAUAUCGGGCUACAGAUAUGCCAACAAUGACAAAAUGUCCACUCGUCUGAGGAAAACUUGGAAACCACAGGUGUUCAAGAGAGAACUUUACAGCGAGAUCCUUGACCACAAGUUCAUCAUCCCAGUCACAGCUCACACUCUGGACCUCAUCGAUGCUGCUUACGGCUUCGACUAUUAUAUCCUCAAAACACAAAAGGAGGACCUCAACUCCAAACUGGGGAUGGACCUGAAGAGGGCAAUGCUGCUUCGUCUGGCACGCAAAAACACAGAUCUUUACCCUAAUGACCCCGUUAAACGAGAAAAAGUUUACGAGAAGUACAAGCAAUUUGAGGUCCCAGAAGAAGAGGCAGAGUGGGUUGGUCUAAGUCUGGAGGAGGCUGUGGAGAAACAGCGGCAGCUGGAGCACAAAGAGCCUGAACCUAUGUUCAAGGUCUGUGUGGAUAAGCUGGUGGAGGAGCUGCACAUGAAGAAACUGUUGGAGCCACACGUCACAGAGAAGAAGUGAUAUCUUGAACCAUUUGUGUAACUGAAAAAAAUGAUUAGGUUGAACUGUGAAGCUUCUGUGGAUCUGGCUGAGAGUUUGAAUCACCACAUCCCUGUUUCUGAAUGCAACUGGGAAGAGCGCAAAAGUGAAAGUGGCAGAAGAAACUAAGCCAUGUUGGUUUAAUACUUAUCUUAUUUCACUUAUGGAUUAUUCCUCUUUGCAUUUAACAGCCUUGCAUAAGGAAGUUCAGGAAUUAAGGGAAAAACCUCCAACGGUGUAAA